UUUUACAGUACACUAUAUAUUGACUUGACUUCCACUGAGAAGUUUUAUUAACAUCUCAAAUUACAUUUUAAAUUUUCUAGAAGCAAAACUGAGCAAAGAAAUCUACGUUUUAUUACAGUACUAUAGCCGCCCAUGUUUUAGCAUUCCACAAGAGGCCCACACCACCCCAACCUUCCCUCAAUUCUGGUGGUCAAGGUAACCGAGGACGCUGCGCGCGUUUAGACAGACACUUUGCCGAUGACACAAAGUUCCGAGUGCAGAGUCGUAGUUCAGGUGGAGACGCUUUAUAACAGUAGGAUUUUCAAAACCAUGGAUAAUAUUAAUGGUGUCUGUUCCCCAAUUGAAAUGUUUGAAGAAGAUACUGAUCAAAGUACAUCUAGUUCUCAGAAGAGGUGGUCACAUUCACUGGACAAGAUUCAGCCAAUUCCUGCAUGUUUGAUUGGUUCCAUUGAGAAAGUAAAUGAAAAAAUGGCAGAUCCAGAGCUGAAGCUUCAUCUCUACUGUAGGCCUGUUGGGGUGAGUCUGUAUGGAGAUAACAGUGGGACAUUGCUGAAAACCGUGAAUGUAAAUAGCAAUAUAACUCAUGAGGAUAAACUUCGUGAACCUAACAGAAAAGCAAGUGAUUUAAGUCAUCUUCUACAGUCAAACAUUAGUCUUCCAGAACAUGGGACAAAGGCAGACACAGAGGAGGCGAAAAGAAGCAGUCAUCAUAUGUCAAUGACAACAGAUGAAAAGCCAAAACUGGUGGAGCUACAACAGUAUCCUGGUUUUAGUGAAACAGAGCCUACACCUCUCCCAACUGGUGUUCACAUUGAUGAAGUUAUUGAGCGGGUAGUAGCAGCCCAAACUUGGCCAAAAAAAAAAAAGCUCAAAUACCUGGAAGAGUUCAAAAAGCUGCUCACUAGCCAAGCUUCCCAUUGUAUUCUUCUUGACUCUUUCUGGUGGGUGUUUCUACAUAACUACCAGCCCAAUGAAGAGACUGCAAAGAAACUGUUUUCAAGAAUUUCAGAGAACUAUGUCAACCUGUUGGUGCACUCUCGGUCCUUUACACAUGGUGAUGUUUUCCUCAAGGGGUUUGCAUACACAUUGAGCCAAGCCCUCUAUUGCUGUUUCUGUCACUGCUUCCCACAAUCCUGGCGCCAGUUUUGUAGCAAAGAUUUCCUUUUUCAUUUGUGUGAUAUUUCAUUUCAGUGGACAACCGGGAUCCAUCCUUCUCCUGGUGUUAGCAACGGCUGGAAUUUACAAGCUUUAGAGCCUGCGAGUGUCCUUAAGGAGAGGAUGCUUCCAGGUAGUGACACAAGCAGAAGAAAGCCUGGCCAUAUUAGAAUGAAGACCAAUUCGAAUGUAAGUGUUCUGCACUAUCAUAAUGAAGAAAAAACAUCUAAAAGCAUCACAGAGCCUUGGUCGAUGUUCCCUGUCACAAAAUUCCAAAGAAGCACUUUUAAUAUAUGGGGUCAUAGCCCACUGAUGCAGCACUACCUAAGAAGCCAGAAGGCAGAUAUGAAGGCUGGCAUGGAUGUCCUCUUGCAAAGAACAGAGAUUGUGCAAUAUCCUUAAAAUGCUAUAUAACCCAGGUUGUGAAGGAUUAAAGCCAUAUGUUUGUUAUGUGUAUGGGUGUGGGAAACAAGUUAGCAGUUUAUCUUGACUGCUCAUGGUAUGAAAUCCAUAAGCCCAGGAAUUAUUUUUUUCCAGUAUAAUGUAGUAACUAAGAUGAAAAACAGUUUAGUGUGUUCUAUAGUGAAGCCAGUGUGCUCCCUUGCAAGCUAAAAGCAAAACAGAACCACCAGAAUGCAGAAAAUGAAUCAUUAUAGUGUUAGAGGGACACAGACUGGGAAUGAUUAUAGGAAGGAAAUCACAUAUUUAGUGCAUGCUAAUUGUGUUAUUUAGUAAAGGUGACCAUAAAGUAUAUCAAAUCAAAAAAAAGUAUUUAACCAGGGGAACACUAAGUAACAGAAGUUUUCCAACAGGAGGAAGCCAGAUCAAUUAGUCAGUCUUUGUUUUGUACACGAUUUAACAGAGCACAGCAUAAGAAGAUG